AUGACGGUGAGAGUGCCGAUGCUGCAUUACCUCACACUGGCCAUAGCAGAAGGCUGAUUGUGACGCUGAAGGUAGUGGUGGCCAGUUGGGGGCGGAGGGUACGGGACUGCUGACCGUACACUUUGACGGGUUGUCAUUCUGAGUUGCGUUGCGGUCGCGACAGGACGGUAGGAGCUCCUGCGGUCCAGCGGCGGUGGCUCCUGUGGAAGUUAAUAUUGGAGGUGAACUGAAUGACACAUGAGGGGGCAGCAGUGUGUUAGAUGGUCUAGAGAGCAACAUACCAACAACAGCAGACACCCUUCCCUCUACGUGCCUCACUGACAACCGUUGUAACAGCCGCGUGUCCCUCCGCUCGGCGUUGAUAGGAAGACUAAACUGCAUCGGGUGAGAGACGAGGACCACGGCACAACACCACACGGGGACAACACAUAGCGGCGGCAGUAGAGGAGGAGGACGCCCGCGGCCUCGACGGGUGAUGGCCAGACCCUGUCCUCCUGCCACUGCCUGCGUCUCACCCACGCUGCGACAACGACGGCCUCUGCACCCACCAGCUCUCUUUACAUCACUACUCAGUCACUGACUCUCUUGAAGGAUGACCACCGGGGUGUCGAUUUGCUGUGCAGUGGUUGUGAGUGUACGACGUAGUGGGGCCACACGCCUUACUGCAGCUUAAGAUGCUCACCACAAAGUCCUGCUCACUCUCCUGGGCCGUGUAGUCUACCUGGGUGCAUAUACGGUGGCUCUAAUGGAAGAACUAGAGAGUUACUGUGACUCGUCUGUGGUUUUCGGAAACAGUAUGAAAAAGAUACCCAGAUGCCAAGAUGUAGUUCCUUCCCUUUACCCUCCGCGCGUAGAUCUGUGUACCUCUGUCCGAGUGUAGGUCAGCAUCCAAGAGAUAAAGCAACGCUGUUUAUAGCUGCGGUGCUGGUGUGUUGUGGCGCGACGAUGGACUGCUGUAGUCACCUAAGACUCACCUUCACCCACAGUGACGGAGACGACUAAAUUGUCUGAGAGAAAAUCAACAAAAAGGAUUCCGCGGACAGACAUUUGUGUGUGAUGGUGUGGUGAUAGCGUCCACCACUGAAAUUUUUGAGGAAGUGUGACUAGAGCGUAGAACUUGUAAAAAGAAAUCCGGUUUUGUAUCAGAAGCAUCACCAGCGAGUGUCCCAACCACUACCGCAGCUUCGACGCUACUAUUGUACUACUGAAACUACUACUACAUCCCCAACCCUCAUCACCACCACACCCGACUACUGUGCUGCCUGCUGUCACCACCACAACCAGGAAGACCCUCGAGUACCACUACAACUCACCACUACUAGCAUCACUACCAACACCUUCAGCUGCCACUACAACCCACCGCCACCACCACUACCUGAGCACCAGCACAAGCCUCACCCUCGGCAGGAAGGAACAACACCACCAGCGCCUCCCACAGUAGCAAGAGUCGAGUAGCCAAGAUGCAGAGCGUGAGGGGCGUGGUGUGCGUGGUUGUGGUGGUAGCGGCGUUAUCCUGGCAACACGUCGCGGCUACCUGGUGGUUGCUGGGACUCAACAGCGCCCAGAUGCAGAGUUCGGCGGAGCUGGCGCCACACAGGUACCGGGAGGAGUGCAACAACCUCACCUACCUCGUGGCCAAGCAGAAGCAGCUCUGUAGGCUGUCACAGAACGUCCUCAAGACUGUGAGCCAAGGGGCAAGGAUGGGCAUCAAUGAGUGUCAACAUCAGUUCAACAUGCAUCGCUGGAAUUGUUCAACGUUCACCAACUCCCCCCAUGUGUUCGGUUACCUCCUGCGUAUCAAGAGCAGGGAGAAGGCAUAUGUAUAUGCCAUCUCAGCUGCGGGCGUGGCGUACAGCGUGACGAGGGCGUGUAGUCGCGGGGAGCUGACCGAGUGUGGUUGUGACGAGAGGAUCCGCCAACGACCAACACGGGGGAGGUGGGAGUGGGGAGGCUGCUCGGAGGACCUUAGAUUCGGGGAGUACUUUAGCAAGGAGUUCGUCGACGCCCGCGAGGACAGAGGCACUGCAGAUGGCCUCAUGAAUCUCCACAAUAACGAGGCUGGCAGGAGGGCCAUCAGAUCUGAGAUGGAGCUUGUGUGCAAAUGUCACGGAGUCUCUGGGUCGUGCUCCAUGCGAGUCUGCUGGCGGAGGAUGGCCGCCUUCAGGAACAUUGGUGACUCUCUUCUGCAACGCUUUGAGGGGGCAUCCAUUGUCAGGUUUGUCAAGAAGGGGAAGAGGAAGAAACUCCGGCCACUGAAGAGGGGCUUCAAACGACCCACCAGACGCGAUCUUCUCUAUUUGGAAGAGUCUCCCGAUUAUUGCACCCGGAAUCAGGACCUUGGUGUACUGGGGACUGAGGGACGUCUGUGCAACAAGACCAGUUGGGGCAUGGAUGGUUGCAGGAUCUUGUGUUGUGGCCGUGGGUACCAAACAAUGGUUAGGGAAGUGACAGAGAAGUGCAAUUGUAGAUUCAUCUGGUGUUGCAAAGUGCAGUGUGAAAAGUGUCAGGUCUCUCGUGAGGAGCAUUACUGUAACUGAAGACAGUUUUAUCAAUGACAGGGAAGGGAGAGUUUGUCCAAGAAACUAGCAUUUCCACAACCGGUGAAUUGAGAAUGUGUCAAUCUCGAUUAAUUAAUUUGCUAGUUUAUAUUUCCUGUGUACUAUUGGCUUGACACACUCAGUAAGACUGUACAUAAAUCUUAAGUGCAACGUAUGAAGGUGUUUGAAGUUCAGUGGUUAAUAGAUUCUUUAAUGUUUUGCUGAACUCUUCAUAGCUAUGUGACCUUACAAAUACAUGUGCAAAAUGUACACCUAGAAAAUGUCAUGCAAUUUUGCUAUUUAGGAAGUGAGUAAGAAGACACUAUACUGUAAUGAAGUGCCGAAAAAUGUACAACCAAAAAAUCAAAGGAAAUUUUCCAAACAUGAGCAAGAAAUAAUGGAUAUGAAUACCUCACAUGUUUGGGUGUUGCUGCUAACUUGGCGUUGCUCUUAAUGACAUUACUACAACCAAAAAUUAAUUUUGGCUGAAGUAUUUACUGUAUUGUAUUCAGUUUUGUUUCUUGUACCUGAUUAUUCUUUUGUAAAUAUGUCCUGUACCUUACAUUCCAGACUGCAAUAUCUAUCCUAUAUGAAAUUGUGUGCAACAGUAAGUAAGUAAUUUCUUUGGAAGGAAUUGAAUUGUAUAUAUUGUAAUACCACACUUAUGCUAUUUUCGUAAAUCUGUAAGUCUGUAUCAUAAUUGCCCAAGAGAAACUUACAAUGCCCCACAAAGAUUUAAUGGUUAACUUUAAGGUAUUACACUACAGAAUAUAAGAGAAUCUCAAUAUAGUACUUUAUGGCGAUGUAUUAAGACUGUAGAUGAAGAUAAACUUACAGUACAGUAAUUAUGUAAGACUGUGGAUGUAACCCAGAUAUUCUGACACAUUUGUAAGAAAGUGCACCUAUAAUUAAUUAGAACAAUAUAUGCAAUAUGUAGAUAUGUAUUUGUUUGUGUAAUUGGGUAGUGUGUACAUAUGCAUGUAUACUAUGUGUUUUUAUAUCAGUAUAUGUAUGUUCAUGUGUGUCCGUGGUGCUGGAGACUAACUAUACAUAAGAGACUAUAAGGGCCAAGGAACUGAUCCAGUAGGUUUCCUCACCCAGUGUCACCUUCACCACAUCAGAGACUGAACACUGGGAAGUACAGUUCCAUCCACUGCUACUCCUCCAUCAGGUGAGUGACUAGUUUGUUUGAUAUAUCUACCCAGUGUCAACAUCCCAGAGCCAAUCACCGACCUCAUACACUUCACCAACCAACCAACAGUGACUCCUUGGUUAAGACUUCUCAUAGCAUAUUGAGAAUCACUCAAGUUACAUUGUAUAUUAAAGUUAUGUCUCAUAUUUUAAGGGUUUAUUUAUAUAAUAAUCUUAACGGUGUUUUCUCAACAAGGCGAUUAUUUAUUACCUACCCUAAACAAAAUGCAGUACUAUACAGUACAGUACCGGGUACUUAUAUUGGAUGAGCAGAAAUUGUUAGUGUCCAGCACUGUAUAUAUAUAUUUUUUUUUCUCAUUAAAACCAUAAUGUUAA